ACAGCUCCAGGGCCGUGACGACAGGCGGUGCCACGGCCCCGCUCACCGUCCGCAGCAGCUCGGAGGCCCUCCGGUAGCUGAGCCCCGCGGCGGUCAUCACCUCCACGGGGCUCAGCGACAGCAGGUCCUUGCAACUUUCCACUCGGUGUCGCUUCAGUUGCUCGCACGUCUCGUUUGAAACGCCGGCUCGCUUCAGUUUCCUCGUCGCCAUUGUUGGCGUCUUUUUAACCGUUUUCACGACGACAGCGGCCGUGAAACCCGCCGCCCGUCGUCGUCGUCUUCUUCUCCUCCUCCAUCUUUUGACAACAACAACAGUCGUCGCACGCUGAUGACGUAGACAGGAAGGGACGUUCGCAGCAGCACUAGCUAGCACGUGAGGAUAUCAACACCAGCGAGCGGCUCCUGAAAUACGGUAACAUGGGGAAGACUAAACAGAAGAACGUCUUUCAAGUCUCAAACAAGCACUUGAAGCACAAGAACAAGAGCAAAGCGAAACCUGUCAAGACGACGCUCAAACACAUCAACGCGGUGAAGAAGGAGACAGUGGAGAACCUCAAUAAAAUCUUCACACAAGUCCAGAGGGAUGUUACGAGUAUUUCCAAGUCCGUCGCUCCCGAACCAAAGAAACUACCAAAGGUCGUCCGAGAGCCGCCAAAGGAACCUGUAAAUGUUGACAACGCGGCUCAACUCCUCUCACAGCUAUAAUGGACCAUGAACCUGUCGUCAGCGAGCGCUGUUGGUUCUGUACGUCUCUCCUGGUUCUGUACGUCUCUCCUGGUUCUGUACGUCUCUCCUGGUUCUGUACGUCUCUCCGUGUUGGAGACAUGAAAUGAUGAAGUCAACUUAUGUUCAGGUCAAAAUGAGCAGAAACUGAAUUGAGGUUACGGCCGUAAUAAUGGGAACGCCGUGUGUGUUUUUAAGCAUUCUGUAUAUUCAAUGCAAAGACUUGUAGUCAGUUGAAAGACUCGGUGUCAAUUGUGAUGUUUCAGUAACAAAAAGAGAUAUUUGUAUUGUUAUUAAUACAUAUUAUUUUGUGUAGACAUGUAACUAAUUCUUAUUUUCCUAUAUGUCCUUGAUUAAUUGAUGACUGCUUUUUGUUUAGAAAAUGCCAAUUAUAAAUAGAAACAGUCCAACUAUCAAAUGUAAUAGACACAGAUCUGUAAAAACUUCACAUUUGAGCAACUAGAAUCGGAUCAUAUUUGGCAUCUUUUGCUUGGAAAAGGGCUGAAAUCCAUUAACACAAUAGUUGCUAAUAAAUUUCCUGUGGAUUAAUGAA